AUGGGAGAGGAGCUGAUCACCCAGGCGACAGAGCCACCCAUGGCCACCCUGAGCCACCCACUUCACCUGACUUUCUCCAUCCCAAACCUAAGGGACCUGCAUGGCCACCCUCCCACCCAACACCAAGUUAUCAGCCUGGUCCCCUUGUCAUUGCCACACAUCAAGUUGACCCUCGGCCCAGCCUUAGGUGGACCCAUUCUCCACCUUACACGCGUGUUCUGCCCAAAGGGCCAAAACUUUACCCGUGACCUCAUCCCUUCCACGCAUUCAGAAGUGGAGCUGCUGCUGGUGACCCACACAUGCGAGCUCACUAUCCAUGUGGCCUUGGGCUCUGUCCCUGCACUGAACCCCAGUUUCUACAUCUGCAAAAUGGGAUUAUCCAUACCCUCCCGGCCUACUCCAGAGAACUGUUUCUUACUGAAAAGGGGAGGACGUCACACCAGGUUAAGGAUCCCGUUUCUCAACCACUGUGACGAUGAUGGUCCAAUCAUCCAAAAGCAAUUGAUUCCUGAAAGAUCAAAACCCACCAAAAUUUUGGAAAAAUUAAAGUCUGUGUAUAAAACUAUUGGUAUUAUUGUCAUCUUCAUCAUUAUCAUCGUCAUCAUCAUCACGACCACCAUGAUGUGGGAUCCUGGUUUCCACUGUCCACUGGAAAAAGGAGACUUAAAUGCCAUUCACGCACACAACGAAUAUACAUGGAUCACCUGUCAUGCUUCAGGCACUGUUCUAGACGUUGGGGAUGCAGCAAAGAACGUGAAGGACCCGUCCCCGCCCUGGGAAAGACAGAAGAAUAAACAGAAAAUUGGGAGCACAUUCAGGAGGGCUCCCUACCCCAGUCUUGGUGCAUUGACAAGACCUUCCCAGAAAGCAAUGGUUCAGUUCCUGGGCCAGAUUUGGGCCCUGGGCAUUUGCUUGCUCAUCCCUGAUGUGGAUGAAGGGAUCAAGUCAUUGCUUCUGCAACGAAGAGAGGAUCCCGAAUGGCCACACGCCGAAGAACUAAGGAAAGCGCCGCAAUCGAAGACGCACUUUAAACCGUACAGAGUGUUCCCGGGCAUUCGGUCUCAGGCGCUGCGCUAUUCUCCCAGCAAAAGCCUCUGUCCUUUCGCCCUCCUGUUCGAGAUGUGUAUUUUAGCGUACCCGGAAGAGGAACAAACCUUUGAGGCAAAUUCCCUUUCUGGUGCGUUUACCCCCACCCCCCAACCCUCGAGCGAAUUCACCGUAAAAGUUUUUCUUAACUUUUCCGUCCCGAACCCCUGCCCCUCCCCUCAGGAAUCCGCCCAGAGCGCUUCAGACUCCUCCUCUCCAGUUCCCUCGCCCGGCCUUUCCGACUUCCACCCAAUCCGGAGGCCGCCACACAGAAAACAAAGGCUACUAUUGGGCCGUCCUGGAGCUCGAGGGUCCGCCCCCGGAGUGGUUUGUGAAUGGGGGGAGGGGAGGGGGCGGGGCGGCCCGGAACCUUGCGAGCCCGACGCUUCUUCUGGCGAGUUGCGCGACUCCGAGGCGUUACUCUGCGCUCGCUCCCUCCCGGCGGGCGGCGGCGGCGGCGGCGGGCGCCGGGACUCACCGGCCAGGGCUUCGCGAGGCUGGAGAGGCCAGGCCCAGGCCGCGGGCACCGGGCCCUCGCAGCUUCGGACGCAGUGUAACUGGAUUUCCAAAAAGAACUCGCUGAGCUCUUGGCUCCAAGGCGCCGAUCGGACUGAGCGCGAGAAUCACCCGUUUGGCAGAAACUUGGGGGCCGAGCUUUUGGGGCUGAAGAAGGAGCGGGGGAGUAGAAAAGGAGGCGAGGGAGGAGGAGGAGGCGGCGGCGGCGAGAGAACCUCGAGGCGAGGAGGCGGAGCAGCACGGCCGAGGCGGCGGCCGAGGCUAGCAGGCGGCGGCGCCGGGCUCUCGCCUGCCGGGGGCCGGACUUGGUGUGGGGGGCGCGUGCGUUACUGUGCGCUGUGGGUCGAUAGACUUUGGGGCUCCCCGCGGCUGCUCGAGUGCUGGGUGGAGACGGCAGCGGCGCCCCCGCGGCGCGGGCACCCCAGCUGCAGCGCCCUCAGCGCCGCGCCGCCCACGGCCCGGCCCCGGCGCCGGGAGGACUCUCAUGCGCCGGGCGCGACCGCGCCUCUUCGGAUCCAAGCCUCUCCCGGCUGCCUCGUCGCGCUCCUCCGGCUGAGAGCGCCGCUGCACCCGUGGCCGGCGAUGCGGGGCCCCGGCGCGGCCGCGUCGCGCUCGCCCCUGGGCCUGUGCACCCUGGUGCUUGCGCUGCUGGGCGCGCUGCCCGCCGGCGCCGGGGCGCAACCUUACCACGGCGAGAAGGGGAUCUCGGUGCCGGACCACGGCUUCUGCCAGCCCAUCUCCAUCCCGCUGUGCACGGACAUUGCCUACAACCAGACCAUCCUGCCCAACCUGCUAGGCCACACGAAUCAAGAGGACGCGGGCCUCGAGGUACACCAGUUCUACCCGCUGGUGAAGGUGCAGUGUUCUCCCGAACUGCGCUUCUUCCUGUGCUCUAUGUACGCACCCGUGUGCACCGUGCUGGAUCAGGCCAUCCCGCCGUGCCGCUCUCUGUGCGAGCGUGCCCGCCAGGGCUGUGAAGCGCUCAUGAACAAGUUCGGCUUCCAGUGGCCCGAGCGGUUGCGCUGUGAGAACUUCCCGGUGCACGGCGCGGGCGAGAUCUGCGUGGGCCAGAACACGUCCGACGGCUCCGGGGGCCCGGGCGGCGGCCCCACAGCAUACCCCACCGCGCCCUACAUGCCGGACCUGCCCUACUCCGCGCUGCCCCCGGGGGCCGCUGACGGCAGGGGCCGCUCUGCCUUCCCCUUUUCGUGCCCCCGCCAGCUCAAGGUGCCCCCCUACCUGGGCUACCGCUUCCUGGGCGAGCGCGACUGCGGCGCCCCGUGCGAGCCAGGCCGUGCCAACGGCCUAAUGUACUUUAAGGAGGAGGAGAGGCGCUUUGCCCGUCUCUGGGUGGGCGUGUGGUCGGUGCUGUGCUGCGCCUCGACGCUGUUCACCGUGCUCACCUAUUUAGUGGACAUGCGGCGCUUCAGCUAUCCCGAGCGGCCCAUCAUCUUUCUGUCCGGCUGCUACUUCAUGGUGGCCGUGGCGCACGUGGCCGGCUUCCUGCUGGAGGACCGCGCCGUGUGCGUGGAGCGCUUCUCAGACGAUGGCUACCGCACGGUGGCGCAGGGCACCAAGAAGGAGGGUUGCACUAUCCUCUUCAUGGUGCUGUACUUCUUCGGCAUGGCCAGUUCCAUCUGGUGGGUCAUCCUGUCGCUCACUUGGUUCCUGGCAGCCGGCAUGAAGUGGGGCCAUGAGGCCAUCGAAGCCAACUCGCAGUACUUCCACCUGGCCGCGUGGGCCGUGCCCGCUGUCAAGACCAUCACCAUCUUGGCCAUGGGCCAGGUGGAUGGGGACUUGCUCAGUGGGGUGUGCUACGUGGGCCUGUCCAGCGUGGAUGCGCUGCGGGGCUUCGUGCUGGCGCCUCUGUUCGUCUACCUCUUCAUUGGCACGUCCUUCCUGCUGGCCGGCUUCGUGUCGCUCUUCCGCAUCCGCACCAUCAUGAAGCACGACGGAACCAAGACCGAAAAACUGGAGAAGCUCAUGGUGCGCAUCGGCGUCUUCAGCGUGCUCUACACGGUGCCCGCGACCAUCGUCCUGGCCUGCUACUUCUAUGAGCAGGCCUUCCGCGAACACUGGGAGCGCACCUGGCUCCUGCAGACGUGCAAGAGCUACGCGGUGCCCUGCCCGCCUGGCCAUUUCCCGCCCAUGAGCCCCGACUUCACUGUCUUCAUGAUCAAGUACCUGAUGACCAUGAUCGUGGGCAUCACCACCGGCUUCUGGAUCUGGUCCGGCAAGACUCUGCAGUCGUGGCGCCGCUUCUACCACAGACUCAGCCACAGCAGCAAGGGGGAAACUGCGGCGUGCUCCCUUGGCGGGUGUGUUUUGCAAACACGCAGAAGGAACAGCGGUGAGAGUCCUCACCGGGAGGAGGAGGCCUCACCACUGCACUCUGUGCAGAGCAUCUUUUAAGAUCCUCCUGGGUUUGGAACAUCACAGUGGGUGUGAGGUCAUCUUAACCUGUGAAGAUUUGGGCAUCAGGGAAGGAAAAAAAUAGCGACUUAAAGUCUCUUUAGGUUUAUCCAGUUUUUGCUCAUAAAAUGACACCUUUUAGGUGAAAGCAUGCCUCUUUUAACACCACACUAAUACCGCCUGUUAAGAAUGUUUGCUUUUAGAGUAGGUGGAAGGCUCCCAAUGGGGUUUUUUGCCCACAAAUUAACUGCUAAAGGCACUUAGACCCUUGUGUGGGGACAGCUGCGUGACUGCUCCUAUAAAUGUGUCCCCUUCCUCUCGUUGUCAGAGCUGCCUCAUCCUUCAGGGCGCUCAAAGAUUGAAGAGCAUUGGUCUUUAGUGAGGGAACAAAGACUGGGUAUGAAUAAAUUACUACCUGCUUUUUUGUAAGCAAAGAUA